ACGACCCUGACCAAGUUCCAGGAGGCGAAUCAACAGCGGCGGAGAAGUUUUGAGAGGAAACCCCAGACUUGCUUCUUAGCGUUUGAGGGACCGCAAAGCAUUGAGCGACACCGGCCGAAGCAGGCCCUCACCAUGGACGACCUGGUGUCCCCCAUGAAGCUCAGCAAGCACUUUCUCUCUAAGCGGUGGUGGAAUGAUGACACGGUAGCCCCACAGAAGGCAUCCAUUUUGGACUGAAAGUUCAUCUCGUCGAACCAGAUACGGCUUGAAAAAGGGUGUCAUCUCUCCUCUCCUACCCCGUGUGAUGAUAACAACAACCUUGGACAAAACGGGGUCAGUGCGCGUAUAUUUUUUCACGUGAACCGAGGUGAGUGGAGCAGCUGUCACCUCCUGGAAGUAAAAUAUAUCAGCCUGCGCAGGCUCAGCAUGUGUGACAGGUAAAGGAAGCCUAGAGAGCCCGUCAACAUUUUGAUGCUGGUCUGACUUCCUAUACUUGAUGACAUACUGAUGGGCAGACAACAGCAGAGGCCAUCGUUCCAUACGGCUGGAUGCCAGCGAUGGAAUGCCCCUAUGAGACCCAAAAAUAGAGAUGCGUUACUGGCUGACCUGGAAUCGACCACUUCCCACAUUUCAAAGCGACCAGUGUUUUUGCCAGACGAGACCCCCUACUCCAUCCCCACCAGUGGAAAUUAUUACCAGGAUCAAUCACUUCCGCCUCCAGUCCCUCCUCCGCCCUCAGCCGAGGCUCUGAAUGGUUCGCUGAAAGACCACUCCCAUCACUCCUCUCAGCAGUCUUUAGAUUCAGCCCAGAAGACCUCAUGUUCGAGGGAUAGUAGCAGCUCUCCGUCUCAUAUUGAAGAGGACCACGUCUAUAGCUUUCCAAACAAACAAAAAACAUCAGACUCGUCGACAGAAGCCAUGACCUCUGCCCUGGGCAGCAACUUGUCGGAGCUUGACAGACUGCUGCUGGAGCUUAAUGCGGUUCAACAGAGCUCCCCUUCAUUCCCAACUACAGAAGAGAGGCCUCCACCUCUGCCAUCCACCAGCAUCACUCACUAUGAGAAUGGCAAUGCCCCUCAUAUCAGGGUUAGCCCUCCCCCUCAGGAGGAGCCCAAGCGGAAUGGAACAAGGCAGGAUGAGGUCCGGCCCAAAGUGGAGAGUCUUUUAGACGAGCUGGAGGGUUCAGUGCCUUCAACCAGCCCUUCCCCUCGCCUCAGUGAUUUGGACAGCCCCUCUCAACAGCAAGCACGGAUUUCAGCUUCAUGUGCCACAAGAGAGUUAGAUGAGCUGAUGGCCUCUUUGUCUGACUUCAAGAUGGCUCAAGGGAAAGGAGGUGCUAUUGGCGGUCCACAGACACAGGUCAAUAAGCUGGACAACAUGCUUGGGAGCCUGCAGUCGGACCUCAACAAACUGGGUGUGCAGACCGUAGCUAAAGGAGUUUGUGGUGCCUGCUUCAAGCCAAUUGUGGGCCAGUUGGUGACUGCAAUGGGCCGCACGUGGCAUCCUGAACACUUUGUUUGCACACACUGUCAAGAGGAGAUAGGUUCCAGAAACUUUUUUGAGCGGGAAGGACAGCCGUACUGUGAGAGGGACUACCAUAACUUGUUCUCCCCUCGAUGCCACUACUGCAAUGGGCCCAUACUAAAUCAAGUUGUAACAGCGCUGGAUCGAACAUGGCACCCUGAACACUUCUUCUGUGCUCAGUGUGGGUGCUUCUUUGACCCAGAUGGGUUUCACGAAAAGGACGGCAAGGCUUACUGUAGGAAGGAUUACUUUGACAUGUUUGCACCAAAGUGUGGUGGUUGUGCUAGAGCCAUUGUGGAGAACUACAUCUCAGCCCUCAACUCGCUUUGGCACCCUGAGUGUUUUGUUUGCAGGGAAUGUUUCACCCCAUUUGUCAAUGGAAGUUUCUUUGAGCAUGACGGCCAGCCCUACUGUGAAGUCCACUACCAUGAGCGCCGGGGUUCUCUGUGCUCUGGCUGCCAGAAACCAAUCACCGGUCGCUGUAUCACUGCCAUGUCAAAGAAGUUCCACCCGGAACACUUUGUCUGUGCCUUCUGCCUCAAGCAACUCAACAAAGGCACCUUUAAAGAACAAAACGACAAACCCUACUGUCAUGGCUGCUUUGUGAAGCUUUUUAGUUAAGGAGAGUGGCAUCUGGUACUGCACGUGUACGAGUACUGCACAGAAAAGUGUCCUUAGCACAAAGGACACAAGUAUGGUGUAAUUCUAAGGUUGUAACCUUUUGAAAGUCUGUAUGGUUUCCAUACCAUGCAUAGGCUAAAUUGCAUUCAUCCUGUUUGGGAAUGAGUCUAGUAACCGUUUUAGAUUUACCCAACAUUUAAUAACCAUGGAAAUCAAGGUUGAAAUAACAGUUGCAUGUUUUGAAUUAGGACUUCAGCUUUCCUAAUAUUUUGUUUUCUUUCCUUUAAAUUUUGAUAGUUCAUUUACUUAUCAGGUGGCAGUGAAAGACAGAAGACUGAAGAAAUGAUAAAAAUAUAAAUUUGGAAUAUUCUCACUGGUUGAGUAUGUCCUUUUUAGAAAUAAUUUUAAAAAAAGUUCAAUCAGACAGUUAUAGCAGGGAGCAGGUGACCUGUUAUUGCAUCAUUACAAAUAACUGACUUUCAGCCAGCUGAUAAUGUUUUAGUGUUUAUAUCAUGUUUGAUAAGGCAGACACAUUCAUGUAAGUGAAACGUCAACUGGAAGUUGGCAGAGUGAGCAAUUGGUUAUUUUGUGGUGUGUGAAGAUGUUUUGUCUUUCGCUCUUUGUGGAUUUAUUCAACCAGCCAAACAGUUUAAAGCUAAUUUGUUUAUACCAGCAUGUUGAAAAAAUGAAUUUGAUGUACACAAGUCAGAUAUUCUAAGAGUAAAAAGAACACGUUUCUAAAAUUUGGCUGUGGAAAUCUUUUGUCAUUGAAUAAUUCCAGUAGAUGCAGCUGUCAUGAGUUAGUGGAAUGUGAAAGCAUACACGUAAUGCAUCUUGAAUUUCUAAAUGUUUCACCACCAAAUCAUUCCUUGUUUUUACUGAUGAAAAUAAACACUCAGUUCCAUCAUUAAUAUCAUCAAAGUGAAACCUUUCACAGAUAUUGGGAAUUUGUAGUGUUUCCUGGUGUCUCCACAAGAGUUAUUCAAACGUGUAUUUUGUGAACAUGCAACUUUAGGAAUCCUUACCAAGGAUAUGUUUGAUAACCACUCCCUACAAAGAUGGUGACUAUUGUUGUGGUUUCUAUAUCAGCAUCUUUGGUCAAUAAAGGAAAGUUUGCGGCAUUGUGUUAUCAAAACAAACUUGUAUGCGCAGUUUUUUCUUCAUUAGUCAGUAUGAGUUAUUAAGGAUGUUGGCAAUGGGUCCUCUGCGCAAGCAUCUACUGUAAGACCACCAGGGUGGGUUUAAAGUACAGUACAUUAUAGAAUGAAAUCUUUGCUCUCCCUCCCAAGAAUUCAUGUAACAAAUGUCAACUAUUGGUCAGUAUUUUGUUAGUUAUUUAACCAACAUAAUGCUUCCUUUUUUUGUUUCCAAUUUUCAUCU